CAGCCUCUCUGUUCUGUGUUUUCAUUUUGUUGAUCAUCAUUUGUUUGAAUGACCUCUUUGUGAAGAGCUUCAUUCACGUUGAAAUUUGGCCAUACUAGAAUACUUUAGUCGCUGUAUCUCUUCAGAUGUGUGGCUUCAGAUGGUCCUCAGACCGCCUGCUUUGUCACUCUCCAAGCUUUGCCAGAAUCACCGGGGUCGUCUCCACCUCUCAGCGGAAGCACAGCGGCGUUCAAAGGCCCCGGUCUUCUCUGUCAUCUGGCUCCAGCACCACACAGAGUAUUGUUUCAGCAUGUGCAGCAGCUCGAGAAGGAGCAGAGUUCAUUUGUGUAGUUGCUUAUUGUUCUUUCAUCGGAGUUCUGAAGAAGAUCUCUGUGCUAGGGCCAGACUUCGAACGCGUCUCAUCCUGUGUCGGAGAAGAGGUUGAGACGGUGACACAGCAUCUGCUUUAUUUGCCUUAAAAUGGAAAGGAAACACAACAGAGGAGAACAGAUUGACAGAGUCCUGUGCAGGGAAUCAUUAUCUUUAGCUGAUAUGUUGAUUUACACACUUUUUAAACUGCGUAUGAAGGUGAAGAGUAUCCUGCUAUCAUUGAGUCAGGAUGUUUAUCACCAAGACGCUGCUGUUCCUGCUCGUCGCUGCUUCAUCUCCACACAAAACGGACCUGAGCAGCAGCAAGUGUCCAUGCGGUGCCAUGGCUGGAUUCAAGGCUUCCAGGAGCUGUGAAAGGUUUGAGUCUCACCCUGGCUGCACCUCCUCCUGGUCCACAGGUACAGUAUAGAGAUGGCCUCAACUACUGACUCAGGUACGUAUUAAAAUGUGUGAGACUCCCACAGACACAUUAGGCCAUAUUCAAAAGCUAAUUAGAGGAUAAAAAGAUAAACUACUAAAACUGUGAUGUCCCUAAAGUAAAAACAAAAUUAAUACACACUGCCAUGUUAAGCAAAUAUAUCAGUAUCUUGGGACUUAACCUUUUGCUUACUCAACUUUCUAAGGUAUAUUCUGUCAUGACUUUUGACACUUGUGUAGUUGUCUAAUUGUAAAAAGAACUUGCAGUGUUGGUCACAAAUGCACCAGCAUCAACUAUCUCAACAACAAAAGCAGCUACACAAGUCAGUCAUGGUUGUGGUAGGAGUACUCAGGCCCUUUUAAGUUAUCAGAGCAACAGUAUAUUUUAUUAGGUAGUCAUAUGUUUUGUAUUAUCUUAAUCUGCAAAUUAACCAGUAACUAUAUAAAAUGUAAACUUGCCUUCCACCACUGGUUAUAGGUGAAUAUCAAUAAGUAGCAUCAUCAUAAAUCUUAUAGACAUAAAAAACUAAAUACUCUGCUUGAGUAACUGACACAUUAACUUCUGCAAAAUGAUGUUCAGUUAUAAAGAAAAUAGGACUUAAUGUUCCAAACAUGCCAAAACUGCAUCAGCAAACAGGAAGAAAUUUAAGAUGGCGAAUUGAAUGUUUGUUAAAAGAAAUUGGGCUUCAAGUUGUCAUCUGUUUUUACGUUAAAGCUUUCUGGGCAGAAAAGUUUUUGAUCUGUAAUCUCGCACUCAGUGAAAACAAACAGUCAUAAAUGGUUAUGAUGGGUGUUAAUCAGGGGACAAUUAAUUUCUUCAUACAGUGGGUCGUAAUCAGUCAUACAUCAGAUGUGUGAACUUUGCCACAGAUUCACAGUUUUGUUAAUACAAACAGUGAGUGUAAUCUGUUUGAUGAGAGAUGUUAGGAUGCUUAUGUAAACAAUAAGGGUGUGUUCAGUGAAUAUAACGGUGCCUGCAGCUCACUAGAAGCCUUCAAAUGUCUUCAGUUUGAUAAAUAUUAGGCCUUAAAAGUCAUCAAACAGAAUUAAACUUGAAUUUGUGAGGUUCAAGUGCUACAAACAUUUUAUCUUAUCACCUUAAUCAACCUUUUAAUUUCUUGUAGUCACAAUGAGUUAAGCUCUUCUGUGUGAAAGUCACAAUUUCUGAUGUCUUAAAGCUUUAAACCUACCACUGGACCCAAUGCUGUCCUUCUACUUCAUACCUGCAAUCAAAAUGUACAUUAACCUAACUCACUACUACUUACCUGCAAUGCCUAAAUAAUAAAAAGAUGAUUUUUCCAAAAAUCUCUUAAAUUUGGCGAAAAAAAUUCUAAAAACGACCUUAAAAAAGUAUUAAACUUAAGUGAGGGUUACACAGUAAACGUGCAUUACCCUGCCUAAAGCUAAAAACUAGAAACAGGAGAGCUGAAACUUGAGUCAGGGUAAGAUAAUGAUUAGUUAAUCGAUGACAUGCUGACUGAACCAUAGGAGUUAAUGAGGUUAUACUUAACUUUUACUCAAUACCUGUUUGCUGAACGAUGUUUUGCAACACAGUCGGCACCUACUUCACAGUUCUUAGUUCGUCCCCUGAUUUUAUCUUCCAGUGGUAACAAGCUGAAGGACUUUCUUCCUGUUUCCUGUUUUAGAAAAGAACUCUACAUGUGAUUUUGACAGAUGGCUCUCAGUGAACUGAAUGAGUUUCUAAAAAAAGGCACCUGUAAACAGCCUGUGCUGUAUUUAUUGUAUAGCUGUGAGCUGUAGAGUCAAAAUUAGGUACACUUUCUAUCAUUUAAGCACUUUUUAUAAAAAGAAUCUACUGAUCGUGUAUAAAGUGUCCUUAAGAAAAUUCACAAGAAAUGUUCUGUGCAGUGGUGGAAAGUACAUUUACUCAAGUACUGUACUUUAGUACGAUUUGUAGGUACUCGUACUUUACUAGCAUAUUUCCAUUUUAUGCAACAUACUUUUAUACUUAUACUCAACUAAAUCUCAGAGGUAAAUGUACUUUGUGUGCACUACGACAGGAUAUGUUACUAGUUACAUUUCAGAUUCAGAUUGAUACUACAAAAUAGGCUAAGAUAAGACUUGGAAUAAAAUUCACAAACUCCUCAGCAGUGUUGAAAACACUUAAAAUUAGCCACACCUUUACCAGCUGUAACAUUAAAGUGAAGUACAAAACAAAGGCAUCAACAAUUAUAAUCCAAUUAUAUUAAAUAGUAUUAUUAAUAUUACUCUGAAAUGGGCUAUUCUGCAUAACGGGAAAUACUGUACCUUUACUUAAACUUAUGAUUCAAUAAUCGGGGGCCCUUCUGUGUGGAGUUUGCAUGUACUCCAUGUGUCAGUGUGGGUUUUCUCAGGGUUCUCCAGCUUCCUCCCACAGUCCAAAGACAUGCAGGUUAACCGGUGACUCUAAAUUGACUCUAGUUGUCUGUCUCUAUUUGUCAGCCCUGUGAUAGUCUGGUGACCUGUCCAGGGUGUACCCCACCUCUUACCCAAUGUCAGCUGGAAUAGGCUCCAGCCCCCUGCGACUUUUAACAGGAUAAGCGGUUAUGCAAAAUGGAUAUAAUAUACAACAUAUAGUAUAAAAUAUAGUAUACAUUAUUCUGAAAUCAACCAAUGUGCACAAUGAGUACGCUGAUUUCUGGUACUUUAAGUACAUUUUGAUGCUAAUACUUUUGUACUAUUACUUGAGUCAAAUUUUGAAACAGGACUUUUACUUGAAAAUAGGUAAAUCUGCACUGUAGUAUUGCUACUUCACUUAAGUGAAAUAUCUGAAUCUUUCUUCUGCCACUUAUAGUAUGUGUGAUAUACAGCAGUGUUGUUUACCUGUAUGAAGGUUUAACCUCGAGAUCAUUAUGUGAUAAUGAAUGCAGUAUGUGCUGUAACUGUGUUUUUCUUUGCUUUCAUGACUUUUUUUGACUUAACAGUGUCCAAACAUUUUUUGAACACACCCCUCUUUGUCCAGUCUCUUGAAAAGCUCAUAUUAACCUGCAGUGUGACUGAAUGAGCUCUGAGCAGCUUCAGUGAACAAGUUGUUGCACAGUGAAGGAAUUCAUCAGACAAGAGAAACUGUACCUCGGAUUCCCCUGAUGAGAGGGAAGUCAGCCAGGCAGCAGCUGGAGGAGAGAGGCCUGUUCGAAGAGUACAGGAGGAAGUUUCUAUAUAACCCUGCGGCAAAGUUUGUCCCCAGGAACGAGCAGAGUGUGGUGCCCAUGACCUUUGACCCAGAUACAACAUACUAUGGAGAGAUCAGCAUCGGGACUCCACCUCAGGUCUUUAAAGUUCUCUUUGACACCGGCUCCUCCGACCUGUGGGUUCCCUCUGUCAGCUGCACCACCUCUGCUUGCGACAAACACGUGAAGUUCAGCAGUUCAGCAUCCUCCACGUUUCAGGCCGCCACAAACACCUUCUACAUCUCAUACAACAGUGGAUUUGCAGCAGGGAGCACUGGAUAUGACAUCAUACAUUUAAGCAACCUCUCCGUGGAGCAUCAGAUCUUCGGCCUCACUGACAAUGAAGCAGAGUUCCUGGGCUUUGUGCCCUGGGAUGGGAUUCUUGGUCUGGCCUUCCCUGGCCUGUCAGUUGAGGGAGGUACACCUUUACUUGACAACAUGUGGAGCCAGGGCAAAAUCCUCCAGAACAUGUUCUCCAUGUACCUGAGCAGCUCUGUAGAGGGCAGUAUGUUAUUUCUGGGUGGCACGGAUUCAUCGUAUUACACUGGCAGCUUAAAGUGGAUCCCUCUGUAUCAGGCCACUAACUACUGGAACAUCCAGAUACAAAGCAUCACCAUCAAUGGAAACACAGUUGCGUGCUCUGGCAGCUGUGCAGCAGUCGUGGACUCUGGUACUUCGUUCAUCAUCGGCCCCAGCAAAGAUAUCAACAACAUCAACGGCUGGUUGGGAGCCUUCGCAGAUCAGUACGGUGAUUUCACUGUGAGCUGCAGUAACACAGAGCUCAUGCAGGACAUUGUGUUCAACAUAAACGGCUACAGCUUCGCUCUCCCUCCGUCAGCCUACGUCAUAAAGUCUGCGUCUGGGUGCAGGACAGGGUUUGCUCCCGGCGAGUGGAUCCUGGGUGAGGUCUUCAUGCGACAGUUCUACACCGUCUUUGACAUCAACAACAACAGGGUGGGCUUCGCUCAGGCUGUGUGAAUACAGCCAGUUUAAAAUGAUAAUGAUAUGUCAGAGUCCCAAGUCUGUCAGCUAGAGAAAGUCACUGGUUAUAUAUUUCUAACCACAGUCCUGUAAAAGCAUUCAUAUUUAUGAAUGAAACUAAUAAAAUAUAACCUCUCGGAUCUUACAGUCAGCAUGUCUUUGUUGUAAAGGAAGAAUUCAGGGAUUCAAAUGCCUGAAAGUUACUCUAGAAUAUUCUGUUAUCAUCCCAAAUGUUUCACUCCAGUGUGGCUCUGUGUGUUGGUGGCCACUAGAUGGCAGAGGACUCAGUGAGCUGCACACACACAGCCACUUCACCAUUCAUGUGAUUCAUGUGAUUCUCCUGGGAGGGGCCUGAGGAGAGGAUGAGUCAUCUUACUUAGAAUUCAGUCUCUAAAACACAGAACCGGCCGCCAGUCAUUCAUUGUCAGCAGGCGCCGGCUUACAUUCAUGCCAUCUGUUUCUGUGAUGUUCAGUGAUCUGAGAUUUUCUUUAGGCUGCUGCUUUUGUUCUAAUUAUAAUCUGUGAUUUACGGGGAUGCGUCAUUCAGCUCUUUCCCAUAUUAACACGUGCAACAACACACAGAUCAUUAACCCUCUCAUGCCUCCUAUGGACACUUUUAUUCAGGCAGUUUUUCCAUUUAAGAUUUGUCAUUUUAAACUCUGAAUGUGAUGCUGCAGUGCAUUGUCCAAAUGGUUUCGUCUGUUA